UGCUAUUCCUAAUGUAACAAGUAAAUGCUAAGAAAACGUUUUCUUAUUAAAGUCAUUAACAUAAUACAGUUUGUUUGUACAGUACUGAUGGUGACAUUCAGAGGAGGGUCAUUUUCUCUUGUCUAUGUCAUUGGGCAACAUGGACAUAUGUUCAUGCACUGCCCCACGCGCAUGAUGACAAUCCAGACCACAACAAACUGCCGGUAAGGAUGCGAUCUCUCGUCCUUUGCAUCUCAUUUGCACUCCAGUGCUUCGUUCUGCAAAGCGCAUCAGAGUAUUCUUCAAAAUCCGAGCUGGAAUACGAAUUCGGAGACUAUCGUGGCAAGUUCUGUAUCGACGAUCAAGGUUUUGUCUAUAGCAUCGGAGAAGUUUAUUAUCCGAGCUCCACAGCGUGUCCCUGCACCUGCACAGAGGAUGGACCCGUGUGUGUCAGACCCAAGUGUCCGCGUAUACACCCGAGAUGCACGCGCAUCACAUACAAGUCCUGCUGUCCCGUGUGUGAAGCGGUCAGUAAAGUUUGUGUGUACGGGGGCAAAACGUACAGAAUGCUGGAGGAAUUUAGGUUGUCACCCUGUGAGCGUUGCCGGUGUGAAGUCAACCGAGAAGUUUACUGCACCAUAUCCGGCUGCCCUGCAUUGCAUUGUGUGAAUCCUGUAUACGAACCCAACCAUUGCUGUCCUGUGUGCAAAAGUGGGCCCAACUGCUUUGCUGGCAAUCGCGUGAUCUCAGCUGGAGAACGUGUUGAGAUUGAUGAGCGGACGGUGUGUUUCUGCACCUACCAGGAUGGAACGUGGCAGACGCACCCUCAUGCUACCUGUGAGGAAAACCAACGAGCAGACAAUGAAGCCACUGACUCCGACAACACAUCCAAACAGAUGGAGGAGCAGGAGAAAGAGAAGAGAGAGAGAGUGUUCUCGCCCAGGCUGGAUGCCAUCCCAUGAAGGGAAGUAUGCCUGGCACCAGCUCUCCUGACAGGCAGGAGGGGAUGCAGAGCACCAUGCAGGUGUCUGUUCCCAGGGUAAACACAACCUGCGCUGGGAUAACUGCCAAUGCUAACCUCUUUAGCCAACCUCACCAGCCCCUCCCUUCCUGACCCAGAUCGGAAACCCACUGAGAAGCAACAUGCACUACUGAAAUCUUCCACUAUUAUACAUGGUAUAUAUGGUCAGAAAUUAGGGGGCAGUAAGAUAUAAAAUAAAUACUUCUAUGCAGUAAGGUCGCAUUAAAUUGACCAAAAGUGACAUAAAAGACGUACUAUGUAAAAAAAAAAAAAAAAAUCAAAUAGGCUAAACGUAUCAGGAUUUAUUGAGCACCAAAUCAGCAAAGAACAAUUUCCAAGAUUGCCAUAGACUGGAGUAAUGGCUGCUGAAAAUUCAGCUUUGUGUCACAGGAAUAAACUACUUUUUAAAAUAUGUUAAAAUAUAAAGCUAACUAUUUUAAACUCACAUUAUUACUGCUUUGUGAUCAGAUGAAUUCAGCCUAAAAAAAUCUUACUGACCCCAAACUUUUGAAUGGUAUUGUAAAUAUGUGUAUAUUUCUGUAUUACAUGUUGUUUACUUCUUACUAAGAUGCAGUUAUACUGCAUAUUUAAAUAUGAAACAUUGUAUUUAAACAAAAUGAUUUCCCAUUUUUCCAUCUCAUUCUUGUAGCAUGUUGUUAAUGGGCACAUUGCAUUUUUUGCAAGUAUUGAAUAUUGUUUGAUGUUUAAAUUAUUUAUUCCAUGUCCAAUAUUAUGUGUUAAUUAACAACUUCAGUGUUAAUUCCAACAAAUAAAUGUACACACUGUCAUAUUGUAUUAGACAUCAACAGUAAAAUGUUGUUCCCCAUAAUGAUGAUUACAUAUUUGAUUGUUUAGAUGGGAAGUGGAGCAUGCAAUAAGAAACACUCAUUUUCAAAGGGCUGGUCAAAU